AUGAAAGUUCAAGCAAAAAAAAAACCAAAACCAAAGGCAUCAAGAGGUGUAGCGAGCAAGAAAGCAAAAAUUUGUAAACGCGGAAAAUACACAAAACCGUGUGAUUAUUGUCGUCUUUCGCCCAGCAAAAAGAAAUGCGUGCAUGUUGAGAAUUCCUGCGUAAAAUGUAGGGAGAAAGGUAAUGUAUGCUCCAGAGAACUUACGAAACCAAACGAUAUGGGAAAUCCUUCGACUUCUUUUGAUCCGAAUCUUUCUCAAGACAUGACACCUUGGAAUAACUUGGGAACGUCCCAAGAAGAAAUUACUAAUCAGGACAUCGAGCUCUGGAUGAACCUUGGAACGUUCCAAGGGGAGAUUGAUCACUUCUUUUAG